AAAGGUAUAAAACUUGUCUGAGGACGACAUUGCGCAGUUUCACUUUGGUUCUUGGAUCCAAAUGUGCGGGGCUUUCGUCUUCGUUUACCUGUUUCUUCUUCAGGCGCAGACGUGGGGCCUCGCUCUGCCGAAGAAGGAAAUCGUGGUGUACCCAAUACUACUGGAAGGUCGGGACGCCGAUGGCAGAAAGGCACUGAAGAUAACGGAUGACCUGACCCUUAAUCUGGAGAGCAGUAGCAUCUUCUCCAAUAAUUUCUUGCUGAUAGCUACGGAUGAUGACGGACGCAUAGUAAAGGGAUAUGAAAACGCUGGGGACUACGAAGAAAAUCUCUAUCACGACAAUGAGAAGUUGGCUUCCCUGAUGGUCACGCCAGACGCUGGAGCUAUAAAAGUUGAUGGUAUAAUUGGUGAAAAGCUGCGCAUUAAACCCCUCUUGGGGUCAGAACGUUCUUCUGAAGGUCACAUCGCCCACUUGCUGUCCACGAUAGUAAUGAAGAAACCUUUCAUCGCGGAGGCAUCAGAACGCAGUGAGAACAGCAACAACAGUGGGAAUGAAGAGCAAGGGGACGGCACCAGCACUGCUGUACCUACAGGAAGCGGUUAUCAUGAAGCUAAUGGCAGUGCAUCCGACUACGCUGAUCCUCCUACGACAAGUCAUACGGAAGGAAAUACCACCACAAGUGAUUACGGGGACGGCAACAGCACUGCUGCACCUACAGGAAACGGUUAUCAUGAAGCGGGUAGCAGUACACUCGACUACGCUGAUCCUCCUACGACAAAUCAUACGGAAGGAAAUACCAUCACAAGUGAUUACGGGGACGGCACCAGCACUGCUACACCUACAGUAAACGGUUGUCAAGAAGCUAGUAGCAGUGCACCCGACUACGCUGAUGCUCCUACGACAAGUCAUACGGAAGGAAAUACCACCACAAAAGAUUACGGUGACCCGCUCACAACAAAAAACGGGGGUUCGGGUUCAGGUUCUGCAGUUCUAGAGGAACGAGCUGACAACAUAAUGUACGUUGAGACGCACAUGGUUGUUGAAACAACUCAUGCGAAGUGGUUCGGUUAUAACGAGAAGAAGAUCCUAACUUACCUAGCCAUAAUAGGCAAUGCUGUGAACCUAAGGUACAAACAAAUAACGAACCCACGCGUCAAAAUCGUCCUCGUAGGCGUCACCAUACAGCGAGGGAACGAGCCUUACCUGAAGAGGGUUGAUUCCUAUUCAAACAUGAUCAAGCCAAUGGACACGGUAAUGGCGCUAGCUGAAUACAUUAAGGAAAGAAAAGACUACAAGAAAGCGGACUUCGUAAUGCUCAUCACCAGCUUGGACAUUGGCAGCUUCAAGGGCGACGCUACAGCUGGAUUCACGAUGAUGGGCACAGUGUGUGGGGAAUAUAGAACUGGAAGCUUCGAGGAUGACCCAGAGUCUUACUCCGCUACCUACAUCUUUGCUCACGAAUUGGCUCAUGGAUUGGGUGUGGUGCACGAUGGCUCUGGCCCGGAUAAUAUGAUUGAAAAUCACCCUGGCGCCUACAGCUGUAGCUCAAGCACUGGUUACAUCAUGGGCGACUUCAGCUUCGACGAACAUCACUAUCAAUUUUCUACCUGCUCUGUGUACCAAAUUCAGCACACUUACAGACUGACGAAAAAGUACAAGUGUCUUCAUGUGAAGAACACUGUGAACAGGAUCCCGUCUACUUCAAAGUUCCCGGGUGAUGUCGUGCCCUACAACCUACUCUGCAAGAUUGGAUUGAAGCAUUUGGAAGGCAAAUACUUCUAUGACCAGGAAAAGGGAGUGACAGAUUGCAACGUCAACUGCAAAACAAGGCAAGGCUCGGACGGCUAUACCUACUACUCAACGGUCGGAGCUCUUGAUGGUUCUGCGUGCGACAGUAAGAACAGCAAAAUGGCUUGCUUUAACGGUAGAUGCAUCGACUCUGCUGAAUACAGGAAAAAACUGGUAAAGAAGACCAAGAAGGCCAAAAAGACGAAGAAUACCAAGAAGAAGCUUUAAAGGAAGUCACUUGUUACACGUCUCCGCGGCAGUAAAAGAAUUCCUAUUUUGGGGGCUCAAGCGUC